UUCUUUUCUUCAUUUUGUCUUAUUCCUUCCUCUCAGUAUCUCAGCUUAUCCUUAUUCUUGAGAUUCCCAUAUCUCUUGUCCCUUAUUUUUUUGAAUUAUUAAAUUUUAUCUAUUAAAUUUAGGGGGAAAAUCAAACUAUUAAUUUAAAAAAAAAAAACCCAGAUAGUGAUUUGUAAUGUUCAAGUGCAGAUUGGUAGGACAGGACCACAAGUGGGCAUUAACAGAAUCAAAUUCCUUUUCAGGUGGCUUACUGGUUCAGUGCUUCACAAUUCACAUAAGAGAUUGUGUACUGUCGGAGAAGUCAAAGUGCCUAGAAGAAGAGAGAGUAUAGAGGAUUAUGAAUAUUUUUCAGUGAAUAACAGUGGUAAAAAUAAAAUAAAAUAAAAAAAUGGCAUUUCAGCCACUGGUUUGGUGCUGUAGACCAUCGUCAUAUGGGGUGUGGACUAGGGUGGUGGACAAUGCGUUUGGUGCAUACACACCUUGUGCUACUGACUCUUUAGCCAUCACCAUUUCUCAUUUGGUACUUAUGGGAUUGUGUUUCUAUAGAAUAUGGUUGAUCAAGAAGGAUUUUAAAGUUCAGAGGUUUUGUUUGAGGUCAAAACUCUAUAAUUACUUUUUGGGUUUACUGGCUACUUAUGGUACUGCUGAGCCUUUGUUCAGAUUGAUUAUGGGUAUUUCCAUUCUGGAUUUGGAAGGACAAACUGGUCUCGCUCCAUUUGAGAUGAGGAUUUGUCCAGACCUUUGUCAAUUUCUCAAUUUGUGAUUUGAGAAGAAAUUA